AUGUCUGCCAUCGCCAGAUCCGUCCGCCCCUUCGCCUCUCGCGUGCUUUCCCAGAAGCUCCCUCUGGCCGCCGCAUGCAGGGUUUCGCCCGCAACUGCUUUCCCGCGGGGAAGUGUUAGGAACUUCUCCCAAAGCCCAUUCAUGGAGCUGAAGAAGUACACCGAGUCUCACGAAUGGAUUGAGUUGGCCGCUGACGGCAAGACUGCCAAGGUCGGAAUUACAGAGUACGCUGCCCAUUCCUUGGGCGACGUUGUGUUCGUUGAGCUUCCUGAGGUCGACGCCGAGGUCAGCGCCGGGGAACCCGUUGGAGCUGUAGAGUCUGUCAAGUCGGCUUCCGACGUCAACUCUCCUGUCAGCGGUAAGGUGAUCAACGUCAACUCAAUUCUGGAGGAUAAGGCCAAGUUCAUCAACGAGAGCCCCGAGGGUGACGCCUGGAUCGCUGAGAUCGAGGUCAAGGACGCCUCAGAGCUUGACAACCUGCUUGAUGCCAAGGCCUACAAGGAAACCCUUGGUGAUGAGUAG